UCUGCAGCGGCGAGUUUGCCGUCUUUUGCUUGCGUGCUACGCGGGGUCGCUAGGCUCUGAUGUAUAAAAUGGUGCCUGCGGAAGGUCCCUGGGCACGUAGGCAUGCAUCCUCAAGUGAGCUGAAGAGACGUUUAAAGGCUGAGCGAAAAAUAGCUGAAAAAGAGGCAAAGCAGAAGGAGCAAAGUGAAAAGCUUUCAAAUAAGCCUUCCUUGGCUUCAGACUCUGAGAAUAACGUUGCUGCUGAUGAGGAAAGCUUGGAUCCAAAUCAAUACUACAAGAUCCGUAGCCAUGCAGUCCAGCAGCUGAAGGGCACCAAUGAGGACCCCUAUCCCCACAAGUUCCACGUAGACUUAUCUCUCUCAGAUUUUAUAGAGAAGUACAGUCACCUGCAGCCAGGAGAUCACCUGACAGAUGUUACAGUGAGAGUGGCAGGUCGAAUCCAUGCAAAGCGUGCCUCUGGAGGGAAGCUGAUUUUCUAUGAUCUUCGUGGUGAAGGAGUGAAGUUGCAGGUCAUGGCAAAUUCCAUGCUCUACAAAUCCGAGGAAGAGUAUUUCCGUGUUAACAACAAGCUGCGUCGCGGGGACAUUAUUGGUGUAGAGGGGAAUCCUGGGAAAACAAAGAAAGGGGAACUGAGUAUUAUUCCUUAUGAAAUAACUCUGUUGUCUCCCUGCCUGCACAUGUUGCCUCAUCUUCACUUUGGCCUCAAAGAUAAGGAAACUAGGUAUCGUCAGAGAUACUUGGAUUUAAUUCUUAAUGAUUACGUGAGGCAGAAAUUUAUAACCCGUGCAAAGAUCAUUACAUACAUUCGGAGCUUUCUGGAUGAGCUGGGCUUCCUUGAGAUUGAAACUCCUAUGAUGAAUAUAAUUCCAGGUGGAGCUGUGGCAAAACCUUUUAUCACGUACCACAAUGAACUGGAUAUGAAUUUGUAUAUGAGAAUUGCUCCAGAGCUUUACCAUAAGAUGGUCGUGGUUGGAGGCAUAGACAGAGUAUAUGAAAUUGGGCGUCAGUUCCGGAAUGAAGGAAUUGAUUUGACUCACAACCCUGAGUUCACAACUUGUGAGUUCUAUAUGGCUUAUGCAGACUACCAUGACUUGAUGGAAAUUACAGAGAAGUUGCUGUCAGGGAUGGUAAAACAUAUUACUGGAAGUUACAAGAUCACUUACCAUCCAGAUGGUCAAGAUGGACAGGCCUAUGAGAUAGAUUUUACCCCUCCCUUCCGGCGAAUUAGCAUGGUGUAUGAUCUGGAGAAAGUCCUGGGAGUGAAAUUUCCACCACCUGAGUGUUUUGAAACGGAAGAAACUCGCAAGUUCUUUGAUGACCUUUGUACAGAGAGGAAUAUUGAGUGUCCACCUCCCAGGACAACAGCCAGGCUUCUUGACAAAUUAGUUGGUGAAUUCCUGGAAGUCACUUGUAUCAGCCCUACAUUCAUCUGCGAUCACCCACAGGUCAUGAGUCCUCUGGCCAAAUGGUAAGAGUAUGAGACGCAGUCGGUGUGUAACUCUUUCUAU